ACAUAAAAAUCUUCACUGGAUUCCAUUAAUCACAGUCACCCUCCUUUCUUCUAAAACAGCUCAACAAUUUUCUUUAUAAAAUCGAAAAUAUUACAUGCGGCAAGCAACUUGCAGUGAAGAAUUAACGGAGAUUAGUCAACUUUAUUGUCUUUGGCUUUGUUCUGGAAGGAUUCUCCGAGACUAAAAUAUUCAACACAUAUAUGAAUAUGACUAUGUGUGCAUAUUGAACACGCAACUAGUGUGCGUUUAUUUUCACACCCUCCAAGUGUUUGUUUUAAUUCCCCUGUGAAUUUUUUCAAAGUUUGAUCACCUGUUCUUCAGAAGCAAACCCAUCCUUUAUCUAUCUGUUAUUUAGCCUGCGAAGCAGCAAAAAGCACGUGAUUUGAGCCGCUGAUUUGACUCAGAACGAACGAAGCGAUCAAGAACGCCGGCGAUUUGGUACAAAAUGGGUUCCUGUUUCAGUGUUCGAUUGAAAAUCGAAAGCUCUCGGCAUGAUGGUAAAGUAACAUCUGCCUCAGUUCCCCCAAGCCCAAGAAGCCCAAGAAGCCAAGAUGAGAUUUUGCAAUCAGGAGAUUUAAAAUCUUUCAGUUUUAAUGUUCUUAAAACAGCUACAAGAAAUUUUAGACCCGAUAGUGUAUUGGGUGAAGGUGGAUUUGGUUCAGUUUUCAAAGGGUGGAUCGAUGAAAACUCACUUACAGCUGCAAAACCAGGUACAGGAACAGUGAUUGCAGUCAAAAGGUUAAAUCAUGAAGGCAUUCAAGGUCACCAAGAAUGGUUGGCAGAAAUCAAUUAUUUAGGGCAGCUUAAUCAUCAAAAUCUUGUGAAAUUAAUCGGUCAUUGUUUGGAAGAUGAUCAUAGAAUGUUAGUGUAUGAGUUCAUGCCACGUGGCAGCUUGGAAAAUCAUCUUUUCAGGAGAAGUUCUUAUUUUCAGCCUCUUUCAUGGAACCUUAGAAUUAAAGUUGCUUUAGGUGCUGCCAAGGGACUUGCAUACUUACAUAGUCCUGAAGCAAAAGUGAUAUAUCGUGAUUUCAAGUCCUCCAAUAUAUUAAUCGACUCAAAUUACAAUGCAAAACUUUCGGAUUUUGGGUUGGCAAAAGAUGGACCCAUUGAUGGUAAAAGCCAUGUGUCUACACGGGUUAUGGGUACCCAAGGCUAUGCAGCUCCUGAAUACAUGGCCACAGGUCAUUUGACUGCAAGAAGCGAUAUAUACAGUUUCGGGGUGGUACUCCUUGAGCUUUUGACAGGUAGGCGAUGCAUUGACAAAAACCGUCCACCUGGCGAGCAGAUAUUGGUUGUAUUUGCUAAGCCAUUUUUAACUAGCAAACGAAAGAUUCUUCACAUCAUGGACCCACGUAUCGAAGGGCAAUACGCGUCUUCAGUUGCCACGCGGGCUGCCAUGCUGGCAAUGAAGUGUCUGAUGAAAGAACCCAAACACAGGCCAACUGCUGAUGAGUUGGUUAAAGCAUUGGAACAGAUUCAGGAGUUGCAGAAAUCAUUGGAGAAUGUUGGAAUGGAAUCAGUGAGAAAAGAGAAUGGGAAUGGGAAUGGGAAUGGGAAUGAGAAGAAAGUUGUUUCUUAUCCGAGGCCUGUGGGGUCCACUAGUGUUUAAAAAGAUGGUUAAGUUUAUUUUAUUCAGUUAGGGCUGAAUAAGUUGUAUUAGAGUUGGGAAAGAAAAACAGGGGCCUAAUGGUGAGGGAUAUUUUGGUGUACAGUUUUCGAGUUUUGAUGCAUAUAUACUUUCGAAUUUGGGCGAUUCGUGGUUUAUGUGUAUGUUGUGGUGAGUGUGAUUCUCAUUAAGAAAGAAAUUUGAUGUGCUUAAAUUGAUACAAA